AUGGCUGUGGCCGAUGGAGAGGCUCCGAUGGGGUCCCUGCUGGUGCCAGCCAGCACUGUCCUGGCCCUGCUGGGUGUCCUGGUCUACCUGGGGGCCCUGUGUGCUGCCUGCAGGCGCAAGGGCAGGAGGAAGAAGGUCCCUCCAGACGGGGUGAAGCUGGUGGAUGAGGCCCUGCUCAGGCAGACGCAGCUGCGCUCGCUCAGCAGGUCGGACACCAAGCUGCAUGAGCUGUCCCGGCUGAAGGCCGCCGAUGCCCCCCAGCGCCCAGCCAGCCUGGAUCUCCGGUGCCCGCCAGCGCCCCCGGGCACUGCUGGCGCCGUCAGUGUCCUGCUGCACCGUGAGCUGCCCCAGAUCCCUGUGCCCCAGCCCGCAGCAGCCCCGGAGCAGACCUACUCCAACCUGCUCUUCGCUCCGCCGCGGAAGCCGCUGCAGGACACCGUCUACGAGUGCGUGGCGGUGGGAGCAGAGGCUGCCCCCGUGCCCCCCGUGCCCCCCAGCGCCCAGGCGCUCCAGGCUCGCACAGGGCAGGGGGCAGCCGACUACGCCUGCGUCCGGAAGGUGAAGAAGGCAAUGCCCACGGAGGUGCAGGAUGGAGCUGCAGCCCCACGCUGCUGGGAUGCUGUCGGCACUGCCCCCCUGGCAAAGCUGGAAGACAUGUACUCAACGGUGUGCAAAGGCAGCAAGAAGAACACCCAGGUGCCCACGUCGCCCUCGAGGCAGCUGAGUGCUGGGUGGCCACCCCUGCGGCGGGAGGAGGCUGCGCCCCCUGGGUGCUGGUCCCCCCCAGCAGCCCAAGGCAGCCUGGACCCCUGCUACGAGUCCAUCAACGACAGAGCUUGGACUGCUCAGGGCCGGGGCCCUGACCCAGACUAUGAGGCCGUGGACACGAGCUGGAAGAAGGUGAUGAAACAGGAGAGGGCAGGCAGGGGCUCAGCCCCCGAGGACCUCUACGAGAGCGUGGGGGACAUCUGGGCAGGGGAGUCCCGGAGAGCCUCGGGCAGGGCAGCUGCCAACGGGCUGGAGGUCUACAUCACCAACCUAUAGCAUCCCCUGGCACGGGGUCCUCACCAAAGGCUGGUCCCACCCAGGAUGGACACUGCUGGGGUGAGGCUUCUCCUGGGAGUGGCUGUACAGGGGAUUGAGCUCCUCCCUGGGGACAGGUGCAGGGCCUGGGGGGGUGCAGCCCUGCGAGCUCUUUCUGUACAUACUUUGUGUUACUCCUCCUGAAGCAGCCCUGUGCCACCCCACCCCAGCCAGUGCCAGCAGGCUGACCUUGGAAGGGGCAGUUUGCAGGUGUUGAGUGCCAAAUGGGAGCCCAGUGUGGGACAGGGCUGGCACUGCUACCAAGGUGGGAACCAUUCUGGGACUCGUUGUCUUUUGGGGCAGGUGGUGGCAGGGCUGUGGGUCCUGAUUCUCCCUCCCCAAGGAUCAGGCCUCUCACCAGUGGGGUCAUAGAAUCCCAGACUGGUUUGGGUGGGAAGGGACCUUUCAAGGUCACCCAGUCCAACCCCCCUGCAGUCCCCAGGGACAUCAGCAGCCAGAGCAGAUUGCUCAGAGCCACAAAUAACCUGACCUGCAGCAGUGCCAGGGCUGGGGCAGCCCCCAUCUCUCUGGUUCAGGUUGGCUGCCCGUCCUCCCUCACCCAGUCCCACCUCUCAGACACUGUCAAGGGUGCCUCUGUGAGCAGACAUCAACCACACUUCAUUAA